GGAUGCACGUUAAUCAUGUGUGUUCAAAACAAAUAUUUCUUCUUCCGAUAUACUCUAUCGAAUUCAUACUCAUUGCUUUCGGAUUUGGUAUAGAAAUUAAAAUCGGUCCAUCAUAUUAUAAAUGUAGUGCUGUGUAUGCAAAUUUAUAUGGUUCAUUGUUUGUGGGAAAUCAUCGAUGCACUGUUCAGUUUUUAAAAGUUGAUUGUCCGUUCUCCGUUUCUUUAUAUUGGUGUUUUAUUAAAUAUGAAGAAAUAUUAACUUGAGUAUUUAAAUUUUGUAUAGAUGGAUUUAUGGCUGCCGUUAGUCAGAAUUCUUUCUUUUUUAUCGUUUCAGUAAUCAAGCAUGUGUCAUGUACGUUGGUUCAGUACAAUAUGGAAUGUGAAAUCAUCAACACGCAAAAAUUUUGGAACAAAUUUAUUUUUGAAAAAAAAAAAAGUUUUUCUUGUGAAUAGUUAGUUCACUAUGCGAGUGUUUUUUUAAAAAUCAAACUAAAGAACCUACAGAACGUUGAUUAUUACGUCAGUACAUUAAAAAUGAAUUUACAAUACGGACAGUAUUCCAUUAGUAGAUAGUAUAAAUUAUGACGCUUCUGCAUUAAAACGUGAAUGAGACAGUGUCAGUGUGGACAGUGAUUUAAAGCCAUGUUUUGUUGAGUGAUGAAUGAAAAUAUGAUAGAUGAAAUCAACAUUAUUCGUUGCAGAGAAUCCUCUAAACGAUAACGAAUAAAAUUGUUGAAUUUAGUAUACACAGACUUAUGUUUCACUUCAAUCUCGUUCUUGAUCAAGUAUAUCAAACAUGUUACCUUUAGUGUCAGAUAACUUUAAUCGUGCAUCGAUUUACAUUUGGAGCGGCCAUUAUUGUGCAGUGAUUUUGAUAAUUCUUUUCUUCUCAUGUCUAGUCACUGCAUCAGCUGAAGGCAUUGAAAUAAAAACUCCUGACGGUGUUAUGAAUGACGAAUACUCAGCGGAGAGAGGAGUUAAUGUCACUUUUACCUGUUCAUCCAAACAACCAGUAUAUUGGAUUGAUAUAUGGGCAAAAUUUCCCUUGUUGUGGACAAUAACAUUUGCAUGGGAUUCAAAAGAAGCCAAGGUUUAUAUGAAUGCAGCAAAAUUUCUUGAAAGAAAAUUCGAAAUCAUUUCAAAUGAAACCGAUGGCUUGUACAACGAAACACUUCACCUUUUAAAUGUUGACCAUAAGUCUGUUGGGCAAUACUACUGCAUAAACAAUUCAACGGUGAUUUCUGAACCUAAGGAUUUGCAUGGACAACAUUCUUAUGUGCACUUAUAUGUUAACGACAAUAAAAAUCAAGUGUUUAAUAUUGAGCACAAAUUUAUUUGGGUGUGGGACAAUUGUAACAGAUAUUAUCCCUGUAAACCAACGUCGAAAGAGGAAAAAAGUAUCACACUUCGACUCAAAAAUGGUACUGUUAUUGAAAACUCGAAGAAGGCAUCCUACGGCUAUAAAUUGAAAAGUGCCCAAUUAGCCAGUAACAAUCAAUUCGAAUGUUCAACCAACUACAAUAAAGAAUCGUAUGAAGUGCAUGUAUAUCCGGAAUCGUCAUCACCAAUUUGUCAUGACGAUAUAGAAAUCACAUCAUACGUUACGAAUACCGAUCUUGAAUUGAGCUGUGAAUCAAUGUGUGGCAAAGAUCCUCGUGCCCCAUAUAAUUUUACAUGGUAUCGGCCCAAUAAUAUUGCCCACAUGGAAAAUCGCAUAAAGGAAAAUAAAAUAAAUAAGGCAACCUCAAAACUGACAGUCGUAAAUGUAAACCGAACAACGGAUUUGGGCGAAUAUAGAUGUGUGGUGAAUUGUAUCGCAACUGAACAUAGCGCUACAAUUGACAUAACGAACAUUUUAAACGUCUCGUCUUUCAUUAUUACAAAGAAUGAACAAUUUAAUCACUUCGAAUCGAGUACAAAUAAAUCUGCAGAAAUGUAUCUGGUAAAAUACCAAGGAUAUCCUGCGCUCACAUUACAGUGGUUCGACAAUGACAAUAAAAGUAUAAAUUGGACGAUUAAAGAGGAUAUAAAUAAGAAAUUUGAAGCGUUUGGCGAUCUGAAUAGAAAAUGGACCGCUCUGAAGAUAAGAAACGCAACCAUAUUGGAUUCUGGAAACUAUACUUUGAGUGUGCGCAGCGGCUCUACAACGAUGAAUGAAACAUUUAAAUUGCUCAUCGCGGGAAAGCCGCAGGCGAGAAUUGUUAGGUAUGGAAGCAACGGCGAAAAUAUUACAGUAGAAUGUCGUGUUUAUGGAUAUCCUGCGUCAGAAAUUACCUGGUCCGUAAAAGACAAGAAUGGAGAACUUAGCAAAGAAACAUUCAAGACAAACGAUCUCAAUCAAACAUCAAUUGUACACUUCAAGCUGAACGUAAAUGCUGCGAACGUAGUUUGUCGUGCACAAAAUACGGAAGGUGAUAGCUCUGAUGAUCUAAUCGUCUACUACUAUAAACAAGACACGACAGUUAGCAAAGAAUAUAAUGAUGGCCAUUCGAGUACUUCAAAUGGAGACUCAUCACAAACAGCCAUAAUUGUAAUUGUAGUUACGGUAGUGCUCUGCUUCAUUUUUACUGUAUUUCUGAUCCGCAAAGCAUACUUACGGCGUAAACGUCGUGUUAGAAACCCAAUUUUCUCAUCACAAACCAAACUUCAACCGGACAAUUUUGAAAAAUUCCUAAGAGGUGAUCCAGAAGGUAUUAAUCCAGAUAUGACCUUAGAUGAUCAAGUAUGUCUAUUACCAUAUAAUGGUAAUAAAUAUGAAUUUGCACGGGAUAGACUUAAGCUCGGUAAACAAAUUGGCGCCGGGGCAUUUGGUAUGGUAACGAAAGGAAUUGCUCAGGGAAUUUUACCGAAUGAGGAAGAGACAACGGUUGCUGUUAAGUCAGUCAAACCGAAACUGGACUCUCAGGGCAUGGAAUUAAUGGCAUUAAUGUCAGAAUUGAAAAUUUUGGUGCACUUAGGCGAACAUUUAAACGUGGUUAAUUUACUGGGUGCGGUUACGAAGAAUGUUGCUCAAACCGGCGAGUUUAUGGUUAUUGUUGAAUUUUGCGAAUUUGGAAAUUUGGAGAAUUUCUUAAAACAUAAUCGUCAGUAUUUCAUCGAUGAAAUCGUACGCACCAACGAUGCAUACAUAAUUGUCCAAAGGAAUAUAAUACAACCGCAGUCGAAUAGCAGUGGAUACAUAACAAAUAGCAGUACAAUAGCUUCAGUGGGUGAUCAACAGCAACAAUCAGCCAAUUCGUUGUAUACGAGAGAGCCUGUAGUGAGCAGUUAUUCAUCGGCUGAAACCGCAAUUUUGCAAAAUUCGCAAAGUGAGCAAUCAGAAAGUCAUAGUUAUGCAAGUGCAGCAGAAAACGCAGCGCAAUCAAAUGCUCGUACAUUUACAACAACAGAUUUGAUCCGUUGGUCACUGCAAGUGGCACAAGGAAUGAUGUAUUUAUCAUCACGUAAUGUAUUGCAUGGUGAUUUGGCGGCCAGAAAUAUUCUGCUUUGCAGUAAUAAUGUUGUGAAAAUUUGUGAUUUUGGUUUGGCACGCUCAGUAUACAAACGUGAAGAGUACAUCAAAAAAUCUCAGACUCCCAUUCCAUUUAAAUGGAUGGCGAUUGAAUCGAUCGGAGAUCAAGUGUUCAGCACAUACUCAGACGUUUGGUCGUUUGGAGUCGUCCUCUGGGAGUUCUUUUCAUUGGGAAAAGUGCCGUAUCCAGGGAUGGAACCAAAUAUGGAUCUAUACAAAAAAUUAUUGACUGACUAUCGAAUGGAGAAACCGGAUUAUGCAACACCUAAAAUAUACGAUAUUAUGUUGUCAUGCUGGCAAGCAUUACCCAAAUCGCGACCUCUAUUCGAUAUGCUAGAGAAAGAAAUUUCCGUCUUAUUGGAGAAUGAAGACAUACAGCACUUGAACCGCUUGAAUGAGCCAUACAUAGAAAGAAAUAGAUGUGAUUUCGCUUCACGUGAAACAGAUUAUUUAGCGCAAGUAGCAUCUCCACGUUAUGUACCAGUGCCUGAACCUAAUCAGAAUGAACGAAACCGUUUCGAAACUGUACAAAUCACUCAAUCGAAUGGACAAACUGUGAGCCAACCAAUUAAUAUUGCCACUCCAAUAUCCAUCACAGCCCAUCUCUCACCACAAUCACCAAGUUUUAUGACAACUUAUUUAAGUUUUGACGAAAUUCGAAAUAGACCCGCCAAAAAUCCACCCGAAGAAGUUGAAAUGCGUGAGCAGAAAAUCAUACCAAAUAGCGCUUCCAUUCAUAAAUUUUCAAAUGAACAACAAAUAUUCUCCGAUAAUUACAUAAAUACACCAAAAAUUAGAGCUUAAGAAAAUUCUAGGGACUUUUAAUGCUUUUUUUAUAUGUAUAUUUCAACAGUAUUUUCUAUCAAUUCAGUCGUAAUAAUUGGAAAAAUUUCAAAUCAAACAUUUUUAAAAAGUAGAUACAUACGAAAAAUGCUUAAUUUUAAAAAUAGCUAGUCAGGACAUUGUAUUCAAUAUUUGACAUAUUGACUGUAAUUUGACACUUACACUGUGAGCAAACUGAAAGGUUAAAUGGUUGGCCCUUGAAUCGAUAAGUGAUCAUGUAUUUAAUAUGUGCAUGUUAAGUUGUUUGGUCAUCUGGAAUUCGAUCAACAUUUGUAUUUAAACGACGAUUAUCAUGUAUGAAAUGGUUAACAUUUUCGGUGUGUUGUGUGCUUGUAGUUUGUUCAUUUCAUUAUUUUCAUCGCAGAUACGACAUAACGUAUUCAAUGUGGUGGCAUGUGCAAUUGUUGUGCAUUCCAAAUCAUGACCUUUAUUCGAUGUUUGUGAGAAAACCAUUUAUAAACUACUUCAGAAAAAGACUGCAGAAUAUUAUGUCAUUUUGAAUAAUAAAUAUGGGCAAAAAUGAAUACCGGCAAUUGUGCCUCUUGUAAAACUGAUUACUUGGUUUUUCAAUCUGGGGAUACUGAGAAUCCUGUGUAUGGAAUUGUAAGUGGACAGAGUGCUUCAUGGCCAUCUGCUUCAGUUUCAACUGGAGUUUAACAUAGCGCUGACGAAAAUUUAGAUAAGCAAACAGUCACAGUGUUGCGAUAUUGCGGAAAAAAUUACCAUUCAUUUAAGUAAUGUAUAAAACUAAAUUCGUAUAACGAUGAAUAAAACAAAAUCCGAACUUUAGAGAUAAACG